CGGGAGUACAAGGUGGUGGGGCGAUGCCUCCCCACGCCGAAGUGCACGACCCCGCCUCUGUACCGCAUGCGGAUCUUCGCUCCGAACCAUGUAGUUGCCAAGUCACGGUUCUGGUACUUCGUUUCUCAGCUGAAGAAGAUGAAGAAGUCUUCUGGAGAGAUUGUGUACUGUGGCCAGGUGUAUGAGAAGUCCCCUCUGCGGGUAAAAAAUUUUGGCAUCUGGUUGCGCUAUGAUUCUCGUAGCGGGACUCACAACAUGUACAGGGAGUACAGGGAUCUGACCACGGCAGGUGCUGUCACUCAGUGCUACCGUGAUAUGGGAGCCCGUCACCGUGCCCGUGCUCACUCCAUUCAGAUCAUGAAAGUUGAGGAGAUCGCUGCCAGCAAGUGCCGCAGACCAGCAGUGAAGCAGUUCCACGAUUCUAAAAUCAAGUUCCCUCUGCCACACAGAGUUCUGCGUCGCCAGCACAAACCACGUUUCACCACCAAGAGACCAAAUACUUUCUUUUAAAUACGUUUAAAAACGUGUUACCAACUCUGUGUUUUAAUAAAGGUCUUAUUUGAACCUUU